AUGCAGCUUAAAAUAAUGCCGAAAAAGAAGCGCUUAUCUGCAGGCAGAGCGCCGCUGAUGCUCUUCCUGUGCCAGAUGAUUAGUGCACUGGAAGUCCCUCUUGAUCCAAAACUUCUUGAAGACUUGGUACAACCACCAACCAUCACUCAACAGUCUCCAAAAGAUUACAUUAUUGACCCUCGGGAGAAUAUUGUAAUCCAGUGUGAGGCAAAGGGGAAACCUCCUCCAAGCUUUUCCUGGACCCGAAAUGGGACUCAUUUUGACAUAGAUAAAGACCCUCUCGUCACCAUGAAGCCUGGCUCAGGAACCCUCACAAUCAACAUCAUGAGCGAGGGGAAAGCAGAGACCUAUGAAGGAGUCUAUCAGUGUACAGCCAGGAACGAACGCGGGGCUGCGAUUUCUAAUAACAUUGUCAUCCGUCCAUCCAGGUCACCGUUGUGGACCAAAGAAAAGCUUGAACCAAUAACACUUCGAAAUGGCCAGUCUUUGGUCCUUCCCUGCAGACCACCAAUUGGGUUACCACCACCCAUAAUAUUCUGGAUGGAUAAUUCCUUUCAGAGACUUCCACAGAGUGAGAGAGUUUCCCAAGGUCUGAAUGGAGACCUUUACUUUUCCAACGUGCUCCCGGAGGACACCCGGGAAGACUACAUCUGUUACGCCAGGUUUAAUCACACUCAAACCAUACAGCAGAAGCAACCAAUUUCUGUUAAGGUGAUUUCAGUGGAUGAAUUGAAUGACACUAUAGCUGCUAAUUUGAGUGACACUGAGUUUUAUGGUGCUAAAUCACAUAGACAGAGGCCACCAGCAUUUUUAACUCCAGACGGCAAUACAAGUCGCAAAGAGGAAUUAAGAGGAAAUGUCCUUUCCCUUGAGUGCAUUGCAGAAGGGCUGCCUACCCCAAUUAUUUACUGGAUAAAAGAAGAUGGAACACUCCCCAUCAACCGGACAUUUUAUAGGAACUUUAAGAAGACUCUGCAAAUCGUCCAGGUUACAGAAGCAGACUCUGGAAAUUACCAGUGUAUAGCAAAAAAUGCAUUAGGAGCCAUCCAUCAUACCAUUUCUGUCACAGUUAAAGCGGCUCCAUACUGGAUCAUAGCACCUCAAAAUCUUGUGCUGUCCCCUGAAGAGGAUGGAACCCUCAUCUGCAGAGCGAAUGGCAAUCCGAAACCCAGAAUUAGCUGGUUAUCAAAUGGAGUCCCGAUAGAAAUUGCCCCUGAUGACCCCAGCAGAAAAAUAGAUGGCGACACCAUUAUUUUUUCCAAAGUUCAAGAAAGAUCAAGUGCAGUGUAUCAGUGCAAUGCCUCUAACGAAUAUGGAUAUUUACUGGCAAACGCAUUUGUAAAUGUUCUGGCUGAGCCACCACGAAUCCUUACAUCUGCAAACACACUUUAUCAGGUCAUCGCAAACAGACCUGCCUUACUGGACUGUGCUUUCUUUGGGUCUCCUCUGCCUACCAUCGAGUGGUUUAAGGAUGCUAAAGGAAGUGCUCUUCGUGAAGAUAUUUAUAUUUUACAUGAAAAUGGAACUUUGGAAAUUCCUGUGGCCCAGAAGGACAGUACGGGAACUUAUACAUGUGUUGCACGGAAUAAGUUAGGAAUGGCAAAGAAUGAUGUUCACCUGGAAAUCAAAGAUCCAACACGGAUCAUUAAACAGCCUGAAUAUGCAGUUGUGCAAAGAGGGAGCACCGUGUCCUUUGAAUGCAAAGUGAAACACGAUCACACCUUAAUCCCCACUGUCACGUGGCUGAAAGACCUUGGGGAGCUGCCCAGUGAUGGAAGGUUCACUGUUGACAAGGACCAUUUGGUGGUCGCUGAUGUCAGCGAUGAUGAUGGUGGGACCUACACGUGUGUGGCCAACACAACUCUGGACAAUGUUUCAGCUAGUGCUGUGCUUAGCGUUGUCGCUCCUACUCCAACUCCAGCUCCCAUUUACGACGUCCCAAAUCCUCCCUUUGAUUUAGAAUUGACAGAUCAACUCGACAGGAGUGUUCAGCUGUCAUGGACCCCAGGCGAUGACAACAAUAGUCCUAUUACAAAAUUCAUCAUUGAAUAUGAAGAUGCAAUGCAUGAGCCAGGCCUGUGGCACCACCAAACUGAAGUUCCUGGAACACAGACCACGGCCCAGCUGAAGCUGUCACCGUAUGUCAACUAUUCCUUCCGAGUGAUGGCGGAAAACAACCUGGGGAGGAGCUUGCCCAGUGAGGCAUCUGAGCAGUAUUUGACUAAAGCUGCAGAACCUGAUAAAAAUCCCACAGCUGUGGAAGGGCUGGGAUCAGAGCCAGAUAAUUUGGUGAUUACAUGGAAGCCCUUGAAUGGUUUUGAAUCUAAUGGGCCAGGCCUUCAGUACAAAGUUAGCUGGCGCCAGAAGGAUGGCGAUGAUGAAUGGACGUCUGUGGUUGUGGCAAAUGUAUCCAAAUACAUUGUCUCGGGCACCCCAACGUUUGUCCCAUACCUGAUCAAAGUUCAGGCCCUGAACGAUGCAGGGUUUGCCCCAGAGCCAGCUGUGGUCAUGGGACAUUCUGGAGAAGACCUCCCAAUGGUGGCUCCCGGGAAUGUGCGUGUCAGCGUGGUAAACAGCACCUUAGCUGAGGUGCACUGGGACCCUGUACCUCUGAAAAGCAUCCGAGGACACCUGCAGGGCUAUCGGAUUUACUACUGGAAGGCACAGAGUUCAUUGACAAGAAACAGGCGCCAUCUUGAAAAGAAGAUCCUUACUUUCCAGGGCAGCAAGACUCACGGCAUGUUGCCUGGGCUGGAGCCCUUUAGCCACUACGCACUGAAUGUCCGUGUGGUCAAUGGGAAAGGGGAGGGUCCAGCCAGCGCUGACAAGGUCUUCAAUACUCCGGAAGGAGUCCCCAGCGCUCCAUCCUCUUUGAAGAUUGUUAAUCCAACACUAGAUUCUCUCACUUUGGAAUGGGAGCCACCAAGUCACCCGAAUGGCAUUUUGACAGAGUAUACCUUAAAAUAUCAGCCAAUUAAUAGCACACAUGAGUUAGGCCCUCUGGUAGAUCUGAAAAUUCCUGCCAACAAGACCCGCUGGACUUUAAAAAAUUUAAAUUUCAGCACUCGAUAUAAGUUUUAUUUCUAUGCGCAAACAGCAGCAGGAUCAGGAAGUCAAAUAACAGAAGAAGCAAUAACCACUGUGGAUGAAGCUGGUAUUCUCCCACCUGAUGUAGGUGCAGGCAAAGUAUACCCCAGGAUCAGCAAACUUACUACUGCUGCUGCUGAGACCUCAGCCAAUAUCAGUUGGGAAUAUGAGGGACCAGAGCUUGGGAACUUUUAUGUUGAAUAUAGUGUAGCUGGCAGCAAAGAAGAAUGGAGGAGAGAAAUUGUAAAUGGUUCUCGGAGCUUCUUUGGGUUAAAGGGUCUAAUGCCAGGAACAGCAUACAAAGUUCGAGUUGGUGCUGAGGGAGAUUCUGGUUUUGUGAGUUCAGAGGAUGUGUUUGAGACAGGCCCAGCGAUGGCAAGCCGGCAGGUGGAUAUAGCAACUCAGGGCUGGUUCAUCGGUCUAAUGUGUGCUGUCGCUCUCCUGAUCUUAAUUUUGCUGAUUGUUUGCUUCAUCAGAAGAAACAAAGGUGGUAAAUAUCCAGUUAAAGAAAAGGAAGAUGCCCAUGCAGAUCCUGAAAUCCAGCCUAUGAAGGAAGAUGAUGGCACUUUUGGAGAAUACAGUGAUGCGGAAGACCACAAGCCUUUAAAAAAAGGCAGUCGAACACCUUCAGACAGGACUGUGAAAAAGGAAGAUAGCGAUGAUAGCCUAGUUGACUAUGGAGAGGGAGUGAAUGGCCAGUUCAAUGAGGAUGGCUCCUUUAUUGGACAGUACAGUGGUAAGAAAGAGAAAGAACCAGCUGAAGGAAACGAAAGCUCAGAGGCACCAUCUCCUGUCAACGCCAUGAAUUCAUUUGUCUAA